GUGCAAAUGCUUUCAGACUGGUACACGAUGCUGUACAACCCAAGUCCAGACUAUGUCAACACAUUACACUGCACUCAGGAAGCUGUGUACCCACUCUACACCAUCGUGCUGAUCUACUAUGCAUUUUGCUUGAUACUAAUGAUGAUGCUGCGUCCUCUGUUGGUGAAGAAGAUGGCGUGUGGUUUGGGCAACUAUGCAUUCCCCUACAUCAUCCUGGUCCUGUCUCUUGUCACGUUGGCUGUUUACAUGUCUGCCUCUGAGAUACAGUCUUUUAAGAAUCUGGUUGCCAAGAAGAAACGUCUCAUCGUCCUGUUCAGCCACUGGCUGCUGCAUGCUUACGGCAUCAUCUCGAUCUCCCGACUGGACAAGCUGGAACAGGACCUGCCGCUGCUGGCCCUCGUGCCAGGACCCGCUCUGUUUUACAUCGUCACAGCCAAAUUCACUGAGCCCAGCCGCAUCCUCUUGGAGGCUGGCAAUGGACACUGAGCUGGAUUUAUCAGGAGUUCAAUAAAUAACUCUUGAAAAAAAGUCACAGCAGCUUGCCCCUGUCCAGUGUGAUGUCUUGAAAUUGUCUGUUUAUUUUUAGUUCAAAAUCUCAGUCAGUGAGGAGUCGGACUCAAAAUGCCAAACGUAGUUUGUUAAUUUCUGUAACUCAUGAAAUAUAAGCUCAAUAAUUCAUUCACGCUCAGCUUCAGUUCUCAUGUGAAGUGUCUACAGGUCUGACAUGACAAUGAUGUGGUCCCAGAAGUCUGGCGUGUACAGUAAAGUGUAUGCACUACUGCUUUGUCAAGUGUGGUGGAAGAUGUGAUCUUUCCGCUGGAGCUGAGCAGCUGUUUCUAAAGCGUUAACGGGUCGCUGCUUUUAAUGUUUAUUUUAAAUUUUGAUUGGUGUCAGAAUUUCUCCAGAGGAAAAUCGCUCCGACAGAUAUACUUGAAAAGGUUUGCAUGUUGACUCCUGUUGAAUAUUUCAGCCUUCACAGGUUUGUGGAGGUGAAAGUGCACUGUAUAUACUGUACAUUGCUUGUAAAUGUUAGUGUAUUCAGUAUGUUUAUCUGCAUAUACAUAAUUUAAAACUAAAACUUUGAAUGUUAUCUUUGUGUUGCUGACUGUAUUGAUCUUUGUUACCAUGAGAUUCAACUUUUAUUGGUCUCAAACAUUUACCUGAUAUCAAAGUGUACACCUGUGUUACUGCAGGUCGAUCUGUGUGACGAUGCACUUAAAUCUGCAGAUCAUUUUGCUCACAGUCAUCUGUAUAGGCUGCAACAUAUGUUGAUGUUUCUUUGUAAAUGAAUAAAGGUGUCAGAAAAUGGU